GAGUGCAGAAGGCGAAGGGCGGCAAGAUGCCUGGCUUGGUGGAUUGUUUUUGAAACCUAGGUCUCACUGAGGUUUACUGUUGUAGCAAUAACUGCCACUUCAGCAAUGUUAGUGCCAAGGACAGAAAGGACAAGGUGUGGUUGAGACUUGCUUUGCUGCUGGUCAAGCAUGCCCCUUCUCAUGCACAAGCACAAAGCAUUUGGGCUUUGCUCCGUCAGGCGGCUGCUUCCUAAGGACGGAUUGCCCCACUGACGGGCUCUGCUCCUCAGCGCACCAGGACGCUGUCAGCUUUCAGAAACAGCUUGUUAUAGGUAAAGAAACUGAGGAGGACUCAGAGUGGUGAAGUCAACGCCCGAGGCCACACAGAUGACCGUUGACAGUAACUGUCCCCGAAGGGCUAUCUCUGCAUGAGCCCAUGCUUGUCCUAUGAGGCAUCUGCUACAGCCCAAACAGGAGGAAAGGCCUGGAAGAAGAGGCUACCAAACAAUUCAACCCUCUCUCCAGUCUACUCAUCGCCAGCAUCUGGAGACCCAAUGGCCCAAGCCUACUGGCAGUGCUAUCCGUGGCUUGUUCUCCUCUGUGCAUGUGCCUGGAGUUACCCAGCACCCAUGUACCUUGGAAGAGAAGAUGUGAGAAACUGUUCAACCAACCCUCCGCACCUGCCAGUUACUGCAGUCAAUACAACAAUGCGGCUUGCAGCCCUCCGCCAGCAGAUGAAGACCUGGAAUCUCUCUGCCUACAUCAUCCCAGACACCGAUGCACACAUGAGUGAGUACAUUGGCAAACAUGAUAAGAGGCGAGACUGGAUUUCAGGCUUCACAGGAUCUGCAGGUACUGCUGUGGUGACCAUGACGAAAGCAGCUGUCUGGACCGAUAGUCGUUACUGGACUCAGGCCGAGAGGCAGAUGGACUGCAACUGGGUGCUCCACAAGGAAGUUGGCAUUUCUCCAAUUGUCAAGUGGAUCUUAGCUGAAGUCCCUGAUGGAGAGAACGUGGGCUUCGACCCCUUCCUCUUUUCUGUUGAUUCCUGGGAAUAUUAUGAUCGAGGACUCCAAGACUCCAACAGACACCUGUUAUCUGUUACAACCAACCUUGUUGAUGAGGCAUGGGGGUCAGAGAGGCCCCCAGUACCAAGUCAACCCAUUUAUGCCCUACCAAAAGAAUUUACAGGGGGCACUUGGCAGGAAAAAGUAUCCGCCGUCCGAAGCUCUAUGCAGCACCACGCCAAGACUCCAACUGGGGUCCUUCUGUCUGCACUUGAUGAGACAGCCUGGCUCUUCAACCUUCGUAGCAGUGACAUCCCCUAUAACCCCUUCUUCUACUCCUAUGCACUGCUCACGAACUCUUCCAUCAGGUUGUUUGUCAACAAGAGUCGCUUUAGCCUUGAGACCCUGCAGUACCUGAAUACAAACUGCACAUUACCCAUGUGUGUCCAGCUUGAGGACUACAGUCAAAUUCGUGACAGUGUGAAGGCCUAUGCCUCAGGAAAUGUGAAAAUCUUGGUUGGGGUCAGCUAUACCACCUAUGGAGUGUAUGAAGUGAUACCCAAGGAGAAACUUGUGACAGACACCUACUCCCCAGUGAUGUUAAUCAAGGCUGUGAAGAAUAGCCAGGAGCAGGCGCUCAUGAAGGCCAGCCACGUGCGGGACGCUGUGGCCGUGAUCCAGUACUUGGUCUGGUUGGAGAAGAACGUGCCCAAAGGCACGGUAGAUGAGUUUUCUGGGGCAGAAUACAUUGAUGAGCUACGACGGAAAGAAAACUUCUCCUCUGGACCCAGUUUUGAAACCAUCUCUGCUAGUGGCCUGAAUGCCGCCCUGGCCCAUUACAGCCCGACAAAAGAGCUGCACCGUAAGCUGUCCACAGAUGAGAUGUACCUGGUGGAUUCUGGGGGGCAAUACUGGGAUGGGACCACAGAUAUUACCAGAACAGUACAUUGGGGUACUCCUACUGCCUACCAAAAGGAGGCCUAUACUCGAGUGCUAAUGGGAAACAUCGAUCUGUCCAGACUUGUCUUUCCUGCUGCUACAUCAGGGAGAGUGGUGGAAGCCUUUGCCCGAAGAGCCUUGUGGGAAGUUGGGCUCAAUUAUGGUCAUGGGACAGGCCAUGGCAUUGGCAACUUCCUCUGUGUGCAUGAGUGGCCAGUAGGAUUCCAGUAUAACAACAUUGCCAUGGCCAAGGGCAUGUUCACUUCCAUUGAACCUGGAUACUACCAGGAUGGGGAGUUUGGAAUCCGUCUUGAAGAUGUCGCCCUUGUGGUAGAAGCAAAGACCAAGUACCCGGGGAACUACCUGACUUUUGAAUUGGUGUCCUUUGUGCCCUAUGACCGAAACCUCAUCGAUGUCAGGCUGCUGUCCCCGGAGCAGCUCCAGUACCUGAACCGCUACUACCAGACUAUCCGUGAGACUGUAGGCCCGGAACUGCAGCGUCGCCAGCUGCGGGAGGAGUUUGCGUGGCUAGAGCAGCACACGGAGCCCCUGUCAGCUGGCGCCCCUCACACCACCUCCUUGACCUCUCUGUGGGUAGCCUCUGCCCUUGCCAUCCUCAGCUGGAGUAGCUAGAAGCCCCCGAUUCUCCUGUUGACUGUUCACUUGGGUUUUGGGAUUCAUUUGCUUCUGCUCAGCUGUCCUCUCCCUGUGCCAUCCAUACAUGUUCCAAGGGCUCCUGAUGCCUCACCACCUUGAAGCCACUGUCCUUAGCUUCCUCCAGAGCCAGAUCCCGGACAGCAUAUUCUACCUUCUCCUAGAUGUACAUCUUCAUCAUGGACUCCAACCCCUGGGCCCUGGGAUAGCAGAGCCGUAUACUCUGCUACAGUGAGUCCCUCCCUCCCAAAUAAAGGACCCUAUAGGGUAAUACCCAGAGUUCUCCAUCCUGCCUCCACCUGCUGGAGAAGGCCAGGACUGUUGCCACCAACACUGACUCCAGACUUUUUAAAGCUGCCUCUGGCCACCCUUACCCACAGGCCUACAGUAGCCUGUCUGCUGUAUUUGGAGAAGGAAGCGACUAGGUGUUCUGGUCUCAAACUCCCACCGUAGUAUUUGGGGAGAACAGAUAAGAGGAAGUCAGCUGUGGCCUGGGAAAGCAACACCUCAGUCCAUAAUGUGUACCAGUCUUCUCCCUAUCCAUGAUCCCACAGCUCCUAAAGUACCAAUGUGCCCCUUAACAGUGACCAAAUAGGGAGUUAAGGCACAGGACUUAGACUGUUAAAGUAGAGGGAAUGGCAAGGUGCUCUGGGCUAUCACAGACUCCCCUGGCACUCAGAGUAUUUUAAUCUUUUAAGGUAGAGCCACCAUGAUAGUCCUAUUAAAGCCUCUCAUAUCUUUGAAAACCCUUGUGUGGGCAGACUCUGAUUUCCCCAUAUUAUAGAUGGGAAAACUGACUUUCAGACAGAAGGUGUGGCCUGCCUGAGGAGACUCAGCCCUUGGUUAGGGGACAAGGUUGGGAGAUGGUGGGGCAGAUGGGCUGGCAUUCUAGUUCCUUUGCCCAUCAGCCCUGUGCCAAGCCUCUUACCCUACAUCUCCACCCCCCACCCCACCCCCCAUCUCAUUUAUUGAACCCACUGUCAUCAAUGGUUUCUCAGGUCUGGCUCUGACUAGCCGUUAGCCACCUGGGCUCACAUCCUGCUAGGUACUUAAAACAACUUUGCAAAGA